GAUGCGCUCCAGAGGAAAAGCCGCCUCAUCGCUGCAGAUCACACGCGCAAAGAGCGAAACCUCACCAUGCUUCUGCGCCACCGCAAAGGAGAUUCACCGCAAACCUCCGGUGGUGGAUUACCGAACUGAUACAACGGAAACUCGUCUCAGAUAAGUAGGAAAAAAAUAUCAUCCUGCUUGUUUAGACUGAUUUCAGAUCAGCGUCGAAAGCGGCAAAGCGUAAAGUCCAGUUUAAAGAUUUGAUGCAGCCUACUGAGACUUUGGUGCGCUCAAAAAUAUUCCGGAUUGUUGGUGGCACUUAAGAGGUGUCAAGUCUUAUCUCAAGGAUCAGUCUUUGUGAAUGCACGACCUGGAAAUAAACUCUACAUUAUUAUUGGAUGAAAAAGCCCGUAGACGCACACUGUGGGAACUAAUCUGAAUUUAGAGCACAGGCAUGUAGUUUUGGGGGGAGCAGAGGGGAGGAUUUGGACUUCGAGAAUGAACUUCUGCUUACUUUCUGUGCUGUAAGACACAUCAAGCCAUGGGUUGAAAGAGACGAUGAUAGGCUGCGGGGAUAUUCAACGUGGGAGGGAGCAGAAUUUUCUGUGUUAUGUAAUGAUUGACGGUGCCUGAUAAUUAGGGGUAGAUUUAACAAGCAUCACCCCUCCCAUUACCCCAUCCCCCUUCCCCUGUAUAUCGAGGAGACCCGAGAACGGCUGAUGCAUGUGAGAUGUCUUUAACUAAAAUCUAAUCUCAGAGGUCUUAAAGUAACUGAGCAGGAUAUGUCACAGGUCAGUUGGUACAUUCAUAUUCUACUUGCUCCUCUCAGAGAGUCACCAAGGCAAGCUGAAGCUGACUGUAGAUGUUUGAGCAGCCACAUUUAGAAAACACACCUACCUUCCCCUCCCCCCCCAGCCACAGUUUGUUUUUAAAGCUUUGGUUAAUAAAUUAAAUCAUGAUGCUCCAAAGUCUGGAACUGCUCCAUGUUGAUUUGGCAUGGACUUACAAGAUGGCUGUGACUUCAGGAAAUCAUGCAGUCAUCUGUGUCUUGAGCUUCUUUUUGAGCUUUGCACUCUCUUAUUGGCAUCACAACAUUUUUAAUGGCUACUAACAUGCUAUAAUGCUCAUUUCUACCCUCAGCUUUGGGGAUAUGUAGUCACUCUGAAAAUCUCAACCUCCUAAUCUCUGUGACUUCCUGUUUCUGAACAACUGACGCUCAUAGUUCAUCUUCAUCUGAGCCUUCGUUGGUCCCUCCCUCCCCCCCACUCAUCAGGGCUGGUGGGGGGGGUGGAUCUCGGCCCUACGGGGUCAAAACUGUGGUGGUGGCCGGUGGUGGUCAUACCCUUAGAGGCAGGGUUUCCACCAUGGAGACCAGCCCAGAAAGCCCCAACCGGGCAGUGGAGUACCUGCUGGAGCUUAACAACAUCAUCGAGAGCCAGGCCAAGCUCCUGGAGACCCAGCGCCGCCGCAUUGAGGAACUGGAAGGCCAGCUGGACCGGGUCAGCCAGGAGAACCAGGACCUGAGGCUGGAACGCAACCCACGGACACCUGGUCCAGACACCUUGGAGCAGAACCACAACCACAACCAGCCUCUGUCCCUCCCCAUCCAUCAUGGCAGCGGUGGUGGCGGUAGCAGCGGGAACGGUAGCACCUCAACAGCUCAGGCGGCAGCCGGAUCAGCCACAACGCCAGGGCCAAGCAGGGAGAGGAGGACCCACAUCAGACUGACACGCGGCCUCUCCUGUGGCUCCUCCACCACAGACCGAACGCUGGAACGCACCGACAGCACAGACACCAACACCAGUUCCACCUUACGCAGGAAUGUGGAAGAGGAGUCCCAGUGUCCAGAGACAGGCACCCACAAAGACAGCUCCUUCAGCCAUACGCCCUACAUGCACAGUUCAGAGCGCUACGGUGACAGCAGUACCAGCACCCCCACUGCUACCAGAGGCCCUUCAUGUGUAACUGCCUCCAGCUCAGCCAGCUUGGCCUGGGCACUACGAACACGCCACCAACCUGCGAGUCUGGCCCUCCGCAAGCAAGAGGAAGAGGAAAACAAGAGAUGCAAGGCCCUGUCAGAUAGCUAUGAGCUCUCGACUGAUCUACAAGAUAAGAAGGUGGAGAUGCUGGAAAGAAAGUACGGUGGCUCCUUUGUAAGUCGCAGAGCAGCAAGGACCAUUCAGACUGCCUUCAGACAGUAUCGCAUGAACAAGAACUUUGAAAGGCUCAGAAGCUCUGCCUCAGAGAGCCGCAUGACACGCCGCAUCAUCCUGUCCAACAUGAGACUGCAGUAUUCCUUUGAUGAGCGACAGCCUCAGCAGCAGGCCCAAACACAAACAAACUUCACCCACAGUGUGGCCAUAGGGCCUCCUCAUUCACCCAAUGCAGACCAACCAGGAGACUACACCCACUUAGAGGACUCCUUCUCCAAACAGGUAAAGUCUUUAGCUGACUCGAUAGAUGAAGCACUUACCUGCCGCGCGGGUCGCAAUGACUCCCAGGAGGGCAGCAGGGAGGGUGGAGGGAUGAGUGAAGACUUUGGGGAGUGUGUGUGGAGCAGCAGCAGCAACCCCUCCUCCCAGAGAGGUUUGGGAGAAAGAGCCAGGGGAGCUGGAGGAGGACUCAGUAUGCAUGGCGACAGUACAGCCACCUCUUACAGUGAUGUCACCCUUUACAUGGAUGAUGGCAUGCCGUCCUCUCCGCUGUCCCUGGACCGGGCACCGAGCAGCACAGAUACAGAGUACUGGGGCCCUGGUGGUGGGGUUGGAGGGCGUGAGGACAGCAGGGACACUGAGGGAGGGGGCAGCAGUAACAGUCGGCGGAGCACCCCAUGCACCGAGUGCAGGGACUAUCGUCUGAGGGGCGCACAUUUGCCUCUCCUCACAAUUGAGCCGCCCAGUGACAGCUCAGUGGACAUGAGUGACCGAUCAGACCGGGGCUCUCUGAGUAGACAGCUGGUAUUUGAGCAGGAGCCUGGGGUUGGAGCUGGCUCCCCUCAGGGAACCCUCAAACACUCCCCCAACACAGGCCCCCGCCUCCCCCACCACGGCCCCCCGCCCUGCCUCCACAGCGGCUGCCCAGGGUCAGACUCGAGCCCCUGGCAGACCCAUACCCACACACAUCCCGCACCAGGUGGCAGCUCACCACCACCAUCACCACCACCCUAUCCACCACCAUCAGUACCUGACACACCUUCAUCCUCCUCCUCCCCCCAGCAGCCCCCCACCACACCUAUGUCCUCCUCCUCCUCUACAGCUCUGCCCCCUGGUGGUCUGGAGCAGCCAUGCUGCUCCGAUGGGGAUAAUGACUCACUUAACUCUACUACCAACUCCAAUGAGACAGUCAACUGCAGCUCGGGCUCCUCAUCUCAGGACAGUCUACGGGAGCCCCUGCCUCCUCUGGGCAAGCAGACCUAUCAGAGAGAGAGCCGCCAUAGCUGGGAUUCUCCACCCUUCAACAGUGAUGUGGUACAGAGACGCCAGUACCGCAUAGGUCUCAACCUUUUCAACAAGAAGCCAGAGAAAGGGAUCCAGUACCUGAUAGAAAGAGGAUUUGUAUCUGACACUCCUGUUGGGAUUGCUCGCUUCAUCCUAGAGAGGAAAGGCCUUAGUAGGCAGAUGAUUGGAGAGUUCCUGGGAAACCGACAGAAACAAUUCAACAAAGAUGUUUUGGACUGUGUGGUGGAUGAGAUGGAUUUUUCAGGUAUGGACCUGGAUGACGCUCUGAGGAAGUUCCAGGCUCAGAUUAAAGUUCAGGGAGAAGCCCAAAAAGUGGAGAGGCUCAUAGAGGCUUUCAGUCAGAGAUACUGUGUGUGUAAUCCUACCCUGGUUCGGCAGUUUCAGAACCCUGAUACCAUCUUCAUCUUGGCCUUUGCCAUAAUCCUCCUCAACACAGAUAUGUACAGUCCCAAUGUCAAAGCUGAGAGGAAGAUGAAAAUAGAGGAUUUCAUCAAGAAUUUGCGAGGUGUAGACAAUGGUCAGGAUAUACCCAGGGACAUGUUGGUUGGGAUCUACCAACGGAUACAGAAAUGGGAGCUACGGACCAAUGAUGACCAUGUGUCCCAAGUGCAGGCAGUGGAGAGGGUCAUUGUGGGCAAGAAACCUGUGCUGUCCCUUCCCCAUCGUAGACUGGUGUGUUGCUGCCAACUCUAUGAGGUACCUGACCCUAACAGACCUCAGAGGGCAGGAGUGCACCAACGAGAGGUCUUCCUCUUUAAUGACCUGCUGGUGGUGACCAAAAUCUUCCAGAAGAAAAAAACAUCAGUGACUUACAGUUUCAGACAACAUUUCCCUUUGGUUGAGAUGCAAGUGCACAUGUUCCAGAACUCAUAUUAUCCUCAUGGCAUCCGCCUGACCUCAGCAGUCCUGGGAGGGGAAAGGAAAGUUCUUAUCAUCUUUAUGGCACCCAGUCAGCAAGACCGCACCCGCUUUGUUAGCGACCUCAGGGAGAGUAUUGCUGAAGUGCAAGAGAUGGAGAAAUAUAGAGUUGAAUCGGAGUUAGAGAAACAGAAAGGUGUGAUGCGACCCAGCUUACUGAGUGGAGGGGUGGUUGGAGGAGGUGUAGGUGUGAAGAGCGAUGUUGUGAAUGGCACUCUGGGAAGGACAAGUUUUGAUGACAACUGCUCGGUGGGUGAGGGUCUGAAACGCACAGCGCUCAGCUCAUCUCUCAGGGAUCUAUCGGAGACAGGGAAACGUGGUCGCAGGAACAGUGUUGGUUCUCUGGACAGUACCAUGGAAGGCUCCAUCAUUAGCAGCCCACAGCCACACCAGCGCUACCCAGUGCCAGGUGUGAUCCCUGGCUGCUAUGGAACAGAAGACUUCCGGCCUCACCGCCCCAUCCUGAGCCCCGGAACGGGGGUGGGGGGUGGGCCGGGGCAGCAACAUACCACUGCUGGGACAGGAGUUGGGGGAGUCUCCAGCAGUGCAGAGAGAACAGGAGCGGGGAGUGCCCCUGGGGGGAGCAGCAACAACAACAGCAGCUCCUUCCUGGGCUCCCUGUUUGGCAGCAAACGUGCCAAACCACCAGGGCCCCUUAUUCCACCGGGGCCACCUUACCCCGCACCUGUCCCCCCACCGACUACGGGAGGGCCCCCUCCUCACUCCCCUUCACCUCUGUGCCAGUUGGACGGGGGGCCUUCCAAGAUCCAGGCGCUGCACGCACAGUACUGUCACGCGAGCACCGUGCAGCCCCCACCACCUUACUACCAUCACCAUCGCUACCACGUCCAAGCUGUCCCUCCUCCUUUGCAAGGUGUGCCCCCUCAUACUAUACAGAGAGGCCCAGUACCCUGUCGUCCACCGCUUGGCCCACCACUCGCUCAGCACCCGCAGCUGGCCCAUCUCUCCCAGCUCUCCCAGCAUGGACUUCCGGGUCGUUACGCCAACAUGGUGGUGGGAUGUCCCCUGCCCCUUUCUCCUCUCUCCCAACAUUCCCAGAACCCACAGUUCACCCUCUACCACGCACAGCCCACACACUCUGUCAGAGGGGCCGGCGGCCCUGGUACCAAACUUCCACUAACCCUAUCUCACUCCCACCCACACCCCCACGCACACUCCCAAACCCACCCCGGACACGCUCACACACCACACCCAGUCAGCCAUUCCACCCACCAAACACACUUUAUAUUCGGCACUCUGCCCCACAACCUACCAUCCCACCCCGGGCAGCCUCAGCAGGGGCCACAGGUGACAGGAGCUGGAGCGACAGGUACAGGGGGCAGCUCCAAAUCCAAGCCUAUCAACCGGAUAAGUACCGUAGUGUGA